AUGGCGUCCGCCGCCGCAGACCCGCUCCUCCCAGGCGAGGGCAGCGGCCGCCUCCUCGGGUUCCUGCCCUCAAGCAUCCGCCUCAACACUUCCGUCUGGUCCGAGCUGGGCGGCGCGGUGGGCGACCUGGGCACCUACAUCCCGAUCGUGCUGGCGCUGUCGCUGGCGUCCCACCUGGACCUCGGCACGACGCUCAUCUUCACGGCGCUCUACAACUUCGCCACGGGCCUGCUCUUCGGCAUCCCGAUGCCGGUGCAGCCCAUGAAGUCGAUCGCCGCCGUCGCGCUCUCCUCCGCGCACCUCACCGUCCCGCAGAUCAUGGCCGCGGGGCUCGCGGUCGCCGCCGUCCUGCUGUUCCUCGGCGCCACGGGGCUCAUGACGUGCAUCUACCGCCUCCUCCCGCUCCCCGUCGUGCGCGGCGUCCAGCUCUCGCAGGGGCUCUCCUUCGCCUUCACCGCCGUCAAGUACGUCCGCUACGUCCAGGACUUCUCGCGCUCUUCCUCCGCCUCCACCGCCGCGGCGCGCCCGCUCCUCGGCCUCGACGGCCUCGUCCUCGCGCUCGCCGCGCUGCUCUUCAUCAUCCUCGCCACCGGCUCCGGCGACGACGAGGAGGACGCCGUCGCCAGCGACGGCACGGUGGUCCGUCGCCGCCGCCGCUCCUGCAGCCGCGUCCCGGCGGCGCUCAUCGUGUUCGCGCUCGGGCUCGUGCUCUGCUUCGUGCGUGACCCGUCGAUUCUGCAAGGCCUUCGCUUCGGGCCGGCGCCUCUGCGGCUCGUCAGGAUCACCUGGGACGAUUUCAAGGUCGGGUUCUGGGAAGGUGCCGUGCCGCAGCUCCCGCUGUCCGUGCUCAACUCGGUGAUCGCGGUGUGCAAACUCUCGUCGGAUUUGUUCCCCGAACGGGCCGAGCUCUCCCCGGCGCGGGUGUCGGUGAGCGUCGGCCUCAUGAACUUCGUCGGCUGCUGGUUCGGCGCCAUGCCGUGCUGCCACGGCGCGGGCGGGCUGGCGGGGCAGUACCGGUUCGGCGGCCGGAGCGGCGCGUCCGUGGUGUUCCUGGCCAUCGGCAAGCUGGCGCUGGGGCUCGUGUUCGGGAACUCGUUCGUGACGAUCCUCGGCCAGUUCCCGAUCGGGAUACUGGGCGUCAUGCUGCUCUUCUCCGGGAUCGAGCUCGCCAUGGCGUCGCGCGACAUGGGUACCAAGGAGGAGUCCUUCGUCAUGCUUAUCUGCGCCGGCGUCUCGCUCACGGGCUCGAGCGCCGCGCUGGGGUUCAUCUCCGGGAUUGUUUUGUACCUGCUGCUGCGCCUCAGGGACGUGGACUACCGAGCACUAGUCGGCCGUUGGGGCUCUGGCCGGCGGCAAACCGGGAACAAAGCUGGAGGCGACGAAGAUGCUUAA